ACUAGUGUAAUACUUGGACUGUCACACUUUAGACUGGUUUGACAAGUCGCGGAUUCACUUAACACAACAAUGUAAUGUGUGUCAUGUGAAGUAGAGAGACAUUUGAUUCAAAACGGAAGGAGAAAGAGAAGCGGAAACACCGAGGCGUCGGUACAGAAACGAUAGGAUGGGCGACACCACGUUUACUACCACUGGAUCCAGAUGGCUCCUGCCUGUCAGUGAAUUCCUGAGGUUUCCUCUUGAUCAGGUGAAUUUCUUGGCAUGCCAGCUGUUUGCCCUGAUUGCUGCCUUCUGGUUUCGUCUCUACCUCAGUCCCGGCCAUGCCAAUCCCCUGGUCCGGCACGCUGUGGCCACUCUCCUCGGCAUUGCCUUUCUCAUCUUCUGCUUUGGAUGGUACUCGGCUCACAUCCUGACAGUGGUGGUUGCAAGCUACUUGAUUAUCGUUCAAGCUGACAUCAACAAUGUACACAGGUAUACCAUGGUGACAGCUAUGGGCUACUUGACAGCAUGCCAAGUGAGCAGAGUCUUCAUCUUUAACUAUGGGAUCCUGUCCACUGACUUCUCUGGACCUCUGAUGAUAGUCACCCAGAAGAUCACAACACUGGCUUUCCAGCUCCAUGAUGGUAUGUGUAAGAAACCUGAAGAGCUGACCCCGGAGCAGAGGCUUCUGUCUAUAAGUGUGAGGCCUUCUUUCAUCGAGUACCUGAGUUACAAUCUUAACUUCCUGAGUGUUUUGGUGGGACCCUGCAAUGAUUAUAACGACUACAUCGACUUCAUAGAGGGCAGACACAUCAGCAGAAGGCUCAGGCGGCACUCUGAGACUUGUAAUGGGCAAAAUGGCUUCGAUAAAAUACCGGACCCUUCGCCUCUGCUCGCUGUCUGUCAGAAAUUGCUAGUUUGCAGUGGCUGCAUGCUCUCCUUCCUCACUGUGACUCGGGCCUUGCCCAUAGCUUACAACGUUGACCCCGAUUUUGUAAACCACGCCCCCUUCCUCACCAGACUCACCUACGCCUUCUUCUCCAUACAAGCAGCAAGGCCCAAAUUCUACUUCGCCUGGACGCUGGCUGAUGCGGUGAACAACGCUGCAGGUUAUGGUUUCUUGGGAAUGGAGGUAAAUGGAAAGCCAUCUUGGAACCUCAUAUGCAACGUCAACAUCUUGGGGAUUGAGACCGCAACCAGCUUCAAGACCUUUAUAGACAACUGGAAUAUCCGGACAGGAGUUUGGCUCAAAACGGUGUGCUAUGACAGAGCCCCGAAGCACAGGCUGGCACUAACCUUCUUACUGUCUGCCCUCUGGCACGGUGUUUAUCCAGGGUACUAUUUCACCUUUCUCACUGCCAUCCCCAUCACAAUGGCAGCACGAACUGUCAGGAAGUCUGUUCGCCACUACUUCCUGGGCUUCAGAGGCUUGAAGCUGGGUUACGAUGUCCUAACUUGGGCAGCCACCCAGCUGGCCAUCUGCUACACGGUCAUGCCUUUUCUGCUCCUUGCAGUCGAGCCAACUUUGGUAUAUUACCGGUCUAUGUACUUCCACGUGCACAUCAUCAGCAUUCUGGCUGCAAUCGCCCUGCAUGGGAAACACAAACCCGAGGAACUCUCUGCCUCUACCACCAAAACACGUUCUUCCACCUCCUCCUCCUCCUCCUCCCUCUCGUCUUCAUGCCCAGCCGAGUGCCAGCCUGUUCAUUCCAUCAACAACAACAAAGUAGACUAAGAAUCUCCAUUCCACGUUCUGCUGCUGACUCUGAGUCCACGGUGUUGAUCCUGUAAGAGCAUCCUGCCAACUGAAAACAGGAAAAUAUUCUGUUAUUUAUUUUGUCGGGACCAUUUAAAGUGUGAAGUUAGGACAAAAAGAACUUAGAGUAGGAUUCAGGAUAUGAACCUUUGCUGCUGACUGUAGGAUUAAGACAUUACAUCAAACAUAAGCUCAACAAGCAGGCACAUCUUUGGAACCACCAUCAGGACGUUGGCCUCACUCAACUUUCCCGCUCCCUCCCUCCCUCCCUCCCUCCCUCCCUCCCCACCCAUCCCACCACCAGCCUGCCUGCCUGCUCCAACAACAAUGCAACAGUGUGAAGAGAGAAAAAGGAGGCUCACUUUCUUUCUUGUCCUUUAUCUGCGCCGUUUUACCAACUGGCCGGGUCUUUGCCAGCACAGUGGGCGAGCGGGGGAGCUCAUGAACAGCGGCACAAAUACCAGGACACACACGGGCUCACACAAACUCAUGCAUGAACUGAAAGACACUGGGGAAACAAAUAUGCACAUACUCUCUCUCUUAGGCACGCUCGUACUUGGUCACAGUAUGAUGGCAUACAAAGGCAGCUCUUGUGUGGCCACAACAAAAGAGCGGGCCAAGAGGAGAGAGAGCCCGGGUUCAUAUGAUGUGUGUGAGGGUGAUGGUUUACCCCGUCUUAAGGCCCACUAUCUUAUGUCACUGAGUGUGUGUGGACUGUGUCAUAAAAACUGAGGAGCUUCUCGACAUUUUAUACAAUUAUGAGUUUGUUCCGACCAUUUUGAAAGUCACUUGACAUAUCACGUAGACCAUGCAGCUCUCAAACUCUCCGGUGUAAUGCAGAAUAGCUUCUCCUCCAGGUGAGGAGGCUCUACUGUUUUGUAGAACGAGUUAACGCUUUAUUUAACUAUCUAUUUAUUUAACUUUAGCUACACCACGUUGAUAUAAAGGAAAGGCCAAGACACUUAAAAAAAAUAAUUAACAGUAAAAUAUUACAAGCUUUGGCUUUUUCUUUUUCUAUAUUACAAAUGUAAGAAGUGAUGAAAUGGUGCGGUAUGAGCACACAUUGAUGCUAAGACUUGAUGCUUGUUGAUGAUUUAAAGACUGUAGUCGUUCCACUUCUCACAGUGCAGAAGCGUGAGCUGAUUUAAUGCUGACUUAGUUUUAAUGUAUUAAUACUUACCAUGAGAACGGUGCUGGAUACCUGUUAUCAUGGUGUAAGGUCACUGAACAAAAACUGCAAUGAAACUGGAGUUGCUCUUUUUGGGAGGAGACCGCUGCACACUCAAAUACUGGGAAAUAUGAUUAAAAAUAUAGGAAUUUAUCAAAUGUGUUUCCUCUCUUUGGGAGCACGGUGCUGUGUUCUUUCUGUGGUCCUUCUAAGCAAAGCACACAUGUGAAAAGUCCUGAUUUACCAGCUUGACAGUAGCUGCAGGUUGACGUAACAGAGACAUCUGCUGGUUGUCUGUACUGUCUGAACUCUGCUGAAUUUAGUUAUGAAGGUAGGCAAGUUGGGACUGACUGAAACCUGCAACACUGCAGAAAAUUCCUCUUCAACCUCAUAACCAACCACAAACAGAAAGUCUAUUUUUACACUCUUAUUACAAUUUCAGAACUUCUCUGUAAUAGCUUUCACUUUUGCACAAUCAAAGUUGUUGAAUCAGAGGGGGAUGCUAUACGGUCAGGGAUGAGCGAUGCACGAUGAACACAAAAAGAUCAAUUCUAUUUUAAAAUGAGAAACGUUUUUCUCUUAUCAAGAAUGAAUCACUCAAAGGAUUUGGAGCGUUAAUAGUUUGAAACGGGGCACAGUAGAUUAGUCGUUAAUGAGAUCUCCUUAAGGCUUUUAGCUUUAUCUGCAAUUUGGUUUUAAUAAGGUUUGCUAACAAUGCUAAUACUUUCCAACACUAGAAAAUGUUUUUGGUUCUAUAACAAUGACUGGUGAAUAAAAUAAUGACUUGUCUUCUUCAUCAUUAUGUGGCUUGCCCAAGGAAAAUGCAAUUUCUUUCCAGGAUGUUUAUUUCAUUCUAAAACUAAAUGAAUUGAAUUAGCUGCUUAAGAAUUUAAUAACUUUUUCACAACAGGAUGUAUUUUGGGUUUGAUUGCCCUGGCCCAUUUUAUACAUCGACUAAUUCUAAAAACCAUACAGUACUGCAUGUGUAUACAAGGAGAAAAAAAUGUAAUGCCACUAACACGUUUUUAUUUUUCUAUACUAUUUUAGCUUUGUAGUAACAGGGCUCCAGUUCUCAGACAAGGGUUUUACAUGAUGUUGAAGAUUUUGAUAUUUAACUAAAGUAAGUAAGGACCUCUCUUACAGUUAAUGAAGCAUCAGUAAUGAGGGCUCUGGGGACCUGUAGACUCAUUUCUUUGCAAGAGGAAAUUCAACUGGCAGUUCUAAAAUGUCUGUCUGCAUUUUGCUAAUGUGUUUGGUGCAGGGGAGUAAGUGAUGAAAGGCUCAUAUUAAGUCAAAUGUCAGAUUGAGCAGCUCGUUGAAUAACUUAAAACUGAUACUCUGUGCUUGUUUUGUCUUUGCAGCUAUAUGUGUUAUAAAAGUACAGACUGUGUGUAUGUGUGUGUGUGUAUGCGUGUCAUGUUAUUGCUCAAUUUAACAAUUGUUUUGUUUGGAGGAAUGAAUGUGUCAUACAAAACUAUUUGAGUGACAAAUAAAGCUUUUGUGAAAUA